AUGGUAGAGGGAGUGAGGUGGAGAUACAUCAGCGGUAAGGAGAAUCCUGCUGAUUGUGCGUCUCGGGGGAUCACUGUGGCUCAACUCAGUGCUCAUAAAUUGUGGUGGACGGCUCCAAAGUGGCUGCAGGUAGACUCCUCUCAGUGGCCAAAAGAGAAUGCCAAACUGGUUCCGGCAGCGAAUCUGGAAGAGAAGCCCGGAUCCAUGUUUACCAUCUCAAUGGGGUCAACUCUCUGGGAGCUCAUCACCAAGCACUCCUUUCUCUACAAACUGUUGCGAAUAAUAGCAAUUUGCCUGCGUGUUGUUGCUCGAAUGAGGAGGAUGCCCAGUGAAUCUCCGGUGGAUCCGCUCAGUCCUGAUGGUAUCAAGGCAGCUCGGCUGUAUUGGGUCAAAGCCACACAGACUUCUUAUCUACAGUCAGAGUGCAGCAUCAUCUCUCGUGGUCAGCAACUUGGACGAUCGCAUCCGCUGACCAAACUGACUGCAUUCAUCGACCGUCAGGGUAUUCUCCGAGUGGGAACGAGAUUGAAGUUCUCUAACCUGCACCCAGAGAGUAAGCAUCAGGCGAUUACCCCUAAAGAGUCCAAGUUGGCAGAACUUUUCAUUAGGGACGCCCAUCAGCGAACGUUGCAUGGUGGAACUCAACUCACGUUGACGCAUCUCAGAAGGUCUUACUGGAUUAUUGGAGGAAGAGCGCCGGUAAGGUCCUGCAUCCUCAAGUGUGUGGAGUGCGUGCGUCAACGUGGGGUACGUGCUCAGCAACUGAUGGGACAGCUUCCAACUUCGCGUCUUUCUCCAGCACGUGCGUUCUCUAACACUGGUGUUGAUUAUGCUGGACCAGUGUUGAUCAAGACGUGGAAGGGGCGUGGUCAUAAAACCCAGAAGGGUUGGUUAGUGAUCUUCGUUUGCAUGGCCACGUCGGCACUCCAUCUGGAAGCUGUCACCGACUAA